UCAACGGCCGUAAGUGUGAGUCCUGCAACGAUCAAAGAUGCAAUCUGCAUUAAAUGGAACUUUGGCGCAGUCAGUGAUAAAUGAUCAUGUGCUCCAGAACGAGACUUGCUACAGUCGACAGGAAAACUUGUCAGACGUGGAGAUUCUACGCUGUUUGAAUGACGUCAAGGCGAGGCAGUACCUGCCGGCCAUUUUAUACCUGGCUUUCCUCAUGGUUAUCGGGUCAGCGGGGAAUAUCAUGGUGGGCUAUGUGUACUACUUCCGGCUGAAGAAGGGGUCGUCUCAUUUUUUCAUUCUGUGCUUGGUAUUUCUCGACUUGACCAAUUGUCUGAUCGGAAUGCCGGCGGAGAUUGCCGAUUUAUGCUACCCCUACAUGUUCGACUCGCCUGUGGUCUGCAAGUGCUUGAGGUUUCUCGAGUCUGUCGUUGGCAUAGCCUCGGCAGUCAUAUUAAUUCAAGUGGCCUUCGCUCGGUAUUUCAAGAUCUGUAGACCUCUCCAAAAAUUUCCAUUGAACAGGACUAGGAUUUUGACCGGCAGCGCUUUUACAUGUGCUUUUUGUUUAUCCUGGCCAGCGCUACUCAUAUUCGGGAAAAAAACAAUCGUCUUGCCUGGUGACUUGCGCGGGUAUGACUGCUCUACUGACGAUCACAUGAAGGGCAGUGUUUACAUUGUCCUCUACUACAUAUGUCUCGUCUGUGCGUUUGUUGUAAGUGUUACCAUACUCACAGUAUUAUACGUUCUCAUUGGCACGAAGCUUUGGAAGAAACGCAAAAUGACAGUUAUUGAAACGAGGCCAGAUUUGGCUUAUAGUGGGCCCAACUCACCGGAAGCUGUUCAAGACUCUCCGCGCAGCUCCACAAGCAGCAGUUACGAAGCACUUCCGGUUCCAGCUUCUCCAAAUUCCAUUUUAAAUUUAUUUUCCAAGAAACAGUCCCUGAAUCGUAAAAUAAGCAGCAACAGUGUGACUGCGAUAAUUUCAAAAUCCAAAGACGACCAAAGUCGGCGUGCCAGUUCUGACACUGUGAUUAGUGUGCGGGCGGUGCGGCCGACAAUAAAGACAGGAAAAAUGACGCUGAUACUGUUUUCAGUAACGAUCGCUUUUAUUCUUAGUUUUCUGCCAUACCUCACAAUCAUGGUUUGCAGAUCCAGGGACAAUUACUGUGAAAGACUGGAGACUGUUACAGGCGAGGUCUUUUACAAAAUCGCCUCGAAGUCUUUCUUCUUGAACAAUGCGGUCAAUCCGAUUAUCUACAGUUUUCUCAGCGAACGCUUCCGGAAGGAAUGUGCGAAUACCUUCAGGGAGAUACACAAAGUUUGUUAUCGUGUUAAAGAAUGCAGGAAGUAAAAGGUGUGUGGAAAAGUGACCUCACAAACUUCUGCGAUGAUAAUUGUCCCAAACUUGGUUAACCCUACGUGAGGGAAGGAAAGUUCUUUGGUGCAUGGCCCGUAGCCGUUGAUGUGCGUAUAUGUAUAUAUAUCCUGUUAUACCGCUGUCCUAUACGGGCUGUAACGACGAAGCUUUGUAUACAACUAGGCAGUUUACGCUGGCGGUUAACUGUGCCUAUGUAAACUAUAUACAACUGCGAAAUUGUGCUUGAAGACGAUUCCAAGUUAAUAAAAGUACUUUCAGUUCUAAGCGGUUCAGGGUGUAUUAUUUAUUUCGGGGCAUGUCAUUUCCACCUCUAUACUUCUUCGCAACUCUCAAAAAGCUAUUUCCAAGAUCUGUGGACAAUUGUUUACAGCAAACGAAAUGAGGUUUUUCCGCUUAAGUUAUUAGACCAACAGUCUUAUUAUUCUAAUAAAUAUAACUGACAGAAUUGUCAUUGCACGUGGAUUUCUGGGAAAUGGCCUUCAAGUUCGUCAGAAAAGGAAGGUUAGAAGUCUUAUGAUUGCUGAUUUUCACGAAAGGAAAGGACCUGAUAUGGUACGGCGGGGAAUCGGCCACAGUGCAAGAAAAUGUGCGCCUCAAGAAGCGAAACUGACUACAGUUGUGAGUGACAGCUGCUGAUACUUGUAAGGCUACUUCCUUUUUUGUUCUGCUCUUCUCUUCUUUUCCUAUUAUAUGACAAGUAUACGACUAAUAAAGCUCAAAACAUGCACUGAAUCGAUGUAAAUGUCAAAGAAUCGAAAAAUAUUAGCCUGCUAAUGUCUUAUUGGAAUGUCUUUUUUGUGUUAAACAAUGUUAGAAUAGGCAAAAUUACUGCACCACAAAUAUGCCUGAAAAGUCCUUGAGCAUGCAUGUAUGUACCAACGGAAUAAAUAUACAACAAAUUUAA